AUGAAGAACGCCCUCCAAAUCAUCGCAGCGGCUGCGCUAGCUUUCAACAGUGCAUCAGCUCAUUACAUCUUCCAGCAACUUAGCAUAGCAUCGACCAAAUACGAUGUGUAUCAGUACAGUAAGCUCGAAAAAACAUUCCUGAUCUGGCUGGCAUUCCAGCCGAGCAUUGAUUCGAUGGCUGAUCUUCCACUUUUUGCAGUCAGGAAGAACAGCAACUACAACUCUCCAGUAACUGACUUGGCCUCAACUGAUCUGCGAUGCAACGUUGGGGCCAGCGGUACCGGAACAGACACUGUCGCCGUCAAGGCUGGGGAUUCCUUCACUUUUACCCUCGACACGGCGGUCUAUCACCAAGGUCCCACCUCAAUUUACAUGUCCAAGGCUCCGAGCACUGCUGCAGCCUAUGACGGCAGCGGCCAGUGGUUCAAAAUCAAGGAUAUCGGCCCGACGUUCAAUGGCGGCUCGGCAACUUGGGAUCUGUCACAGACGUACACGUACCAGAUUCCCUCUUGCAUCGCUCCAGGAGAGUAUCUUUUGAGAAUUCAGCAGCUCGCUAUCCAUAACCCUUGGCCAGCUGGCAUUCCUCAAUUCUAUAUCUCCUGCGCUCAAAUCAAAGUAAGCGGCAGUGGAAGCAAGACAUUUUCAGGUGUCUCCAUCCCAGGUGCUUUUAAAUCAACCGACCCUGGUUACACCGCCAACAUCUACAACAACUUCUCGAACUACACCGUCCCUGGCCCGAGCCCAGUCUCUUGUUGA